AUGAAGGACCAACGCGACCCUACGACGGCGCCAGGCUGCGUCGCGCCCGCGGCCGCCCCGCGAACAGACGCCGAGGCCGCGCCACCCGUGCACGAAGUCUUUGGCGAUGGCAACUUGAAUGCAGUCAUGCUCGUGCUCUUGCUCUUGCACUUGAUGCAGUACGCAAUGCGCGACCCGUGCACGUGCUAA